AUGGAUAACUUAGGGAGUACAGAUGCCGAAGACACGAAGCGGAAAGAUUCAUCGUGUCAAGACACCGAAGCGUUCAAAGAACUGGCGGCCCCGAUGCCGCUGGUGCCAGACCCUGGCGAGAAACAUGACCACACUCAUCCAACAGAUCCUCAGGCUAUCCCCUUUGAUGCAAUUCAGGCAGCGAACCCUGGUCAGAGUACCAUCUUAUCACUUCCCGAGUGGGUCGAAAACACGGAUACAGAAAUUCUCGUGGAGAACUUGGACUUCAGUGACACGACGCUAAGGCACAGUUUCAUUAGAAAGGUGUACACCAUUGUGCUGAGCCAGUUGUUAUUAACCGGUCUGAUUAUAUUCGGAUUGAUGCAAGUGCCGGGCUUUAAUUUUUACGCGAGGGAAUGUUUUCCGGUCGUGUUUAUACCGCCAAUGACGAUUUACCUCACGACGUUCGCGUGCAUCUUCUGCUGCGAGGGACCGAGACGACGGGUUCCCUACAACUACAUAUUUCUUCUUUUAUUCACCAUCUCGCUCUCCACUAUGGUGGGGAUUCUUGCCAGCUUCUAUCGUUUUGAGGAGCUUUUAAUCGCCGCCGGGAUCACUUUCAUCAUGGUUUUGGCGCUGACGCUGUUCGCCUUCCAAACCAAAUUAGACUUCACGAUCCUGAACGGAUGCGGCCUCUGCCUUGUGCUGGCUCUGCUGACGUUGGGCACGGCGAUGCUGGCGACCUCUUACGGCCGGCUGAGGCUAGUUUACACGACCAUCGGCGUGCUCGUCAUCUCCGUAUACAUCGUCUGCGACACCCAGAUGAUCGUCGGCGGCUCCCACCGCUACAGCAUCUCCCCCGAGGAGUACGUGUUCGCGGCGCUCGUUCUCUACCUCGACGUGAUGAACCUCUUCCUGAGGAUAUUGCGGUCGCUACGC